AUGCCAGACUNGCUGGAGAAGAUAUUCUUUGUGCUCAUCCUGCUGAUGCACCUGGUGGUCCUGAUGGGCAACGGGGUCCUCAUCCUGGUGACCACCCUUGACUCCCACCUGCACAUGCCCAUGUACUUCUUCCUGGGGAACCUCUCCUUCCUGGACAUCUGCUACACGACCUCCUCAGUCCCCCUAUCCCUAAACAGCUUUCUGAAUCCCCAGGAAACCAUCUCUUUCUCAGUCUGUGCUGUGCAGAUGGCACUCUCUUUUGCCAUGACAGCAGAGUGCCUGCUUCUGGGCAUGAUGGCGUUUGAUCGCUAUGUGGCCAUCUGCAACCCACUUACAUACCCCAUGAUCAUGAACAAGGGCUACGUGCCCGUGGCUGCUGGCACCUGGGCUACUGGUGGUGUUGCGUCUGUGGUACACACAUCCCUGGCAAUUCAGCUGCCCUUCUGUGGGGACAAUGUCAUAAACCACUUCACCUGUGAGAUCCUGGCUGUCCUGAAGUUGGCCUGUGCUGACAUCUCCAUCAAUGUGAUCAGCAUGGGGGUGACAAAUGUGAUCUUCCUGGCAGUCCCAGUCCUGUUCAUCUCUUUCUCCUGUGUCUUUAUCAUCGCCACCAUCCUGAGGAUCCCCUCAGCUGAGGGGAGGAAAAAGGCUUUCUCCACCUGCUCUGCCCACCUCACUGUGGUGAUCAUCUUCUGUGGUGCCUUAUUUUUCAUGUAUGGGAAGCCCAUGUCUAAAGAGUCCAUGGGGGCAGACAAAGACGAUCUUUCAGACAGACUCAUCUCCCUCUUC